CACAAGUCGAGCCCGCUCUUCUUUAAUCGCGACUGUCCCUUCGCUGGUGGGUCACUGGACACGCCUUUCCCCACGCUGUUCCCGGACCUGCUCCUGCCGCGAACUGUUCGGCCCAGACGCUGGCGCAAUACGCGAACCACUACAACCUCAACAACAGAACGAGACCCGCAAGACGAUAGUAGUGAUCGGGGGAAGUAAUGGCAUCAGCGUCGUUCCGGGACUCGAUCAACUCGCUGGGCUGGACCCGCCGUGAUCAAGAUGUCCCCGUCAACACCUCCCAACAGAGCGGCUUGCUCUCGUCGAUCAAGUCUCUGAACCCCUUCGGAGAGCGCGGCUAUGUCCAACUACCGACUACCGAGGGCUCCGGGGCACCACUACCGGCACCAAGUAGGCGUGAAGAGGAGGAAGGCUGGUUUGCCCUGAGUAGAUGGGACCGGCUUCUAAUCUUCGGCGCCUGCAACCUGGGCGCCUUGGCCUGCUUCGUCCUUUCCUUCGCUCUCUUGACUAUCAACCCGCGCAAGUUUGUCAUUUUAUGGACUCUCGGCUCGACCUUGUUUCUGUGCUCCUUCGCGGCGAUGAUGGGCCCCUUGACUUACGCCCUACACCUGCUAUCAACGCCGAGGCUGCCCUUCACAGCCGCCUACUUUGGGUCUAUCGGCAUGACCCUCUACUUUGCCAUCGGGCUCCGGAGCACUAUUUUGACUCUACUAUGUGCCAUCAUCCAGCUGGCGUGCCUUGCGUGGUAUCUCAUCAGCUAUUUUCCAAUGGGAUCGAGUGGGUUGAGGCUCGCAGGCUCAUUUGGGGCGCGCAGGGCCGCAGCCUGGAUGACAGGAUAGAGAGGCGCAUCCGUGGGUGGCAAGGCGAAGCUUGGAUCUCCUCUUACUCUUGUCUAGGCGCAACUUGGAUCAGCCCCGUUGGAGGGCUUCGGGGCCCCGGUUUGUAAGUGAGAGUCGAACAUGUAGUAACGUGUACGUUAUGUGGAUGUAGUCUUAACGGAUAGCGCGACGCU